AUGCCUGCAGACUUCCACCGGAAACCUUCCUCCUUUGCUCCUUCACCUCAGAUAGGACAUCGGCGGCAGCACUCUCAAGGUUAUUUCGAGCCGUCUAUGCCCUCUGCUUCUCUAGCAUCACAGAAUAAUGCUGGUCUUACCCCUUCUCAGAUCGCCGCUCAAACGGCCGUGCAGCAUCUGCAUGUUAGUGGUCAGCAUAUGCGAAGACGCUCCUCGACUGUACCCCAUCCAGAGCAAGAAGAGAAGAACAGACGGAACAGUUAUGGCUCGGUCAGUAGUGAUGGCCAGUCCUUGUCGCCUGUGCUUGAUACACAACCGCAGUACAGGAAUGGAUUGAUGGGAACCAACAAUGCCACAACUGCCGCGCAGGCUGUGUGGAAAGCUCCUCCACCUGCUGAAGAGAAAGAGAAGAAGGGCUUUCGAAGCAAAUUCCGUCCGAAGCAUAUCGGUAUAAUAGGGAAUAAGGACAAGGUCGAUAAGCCUUUACUGUCGCCCAACAAGCCUACAAGUGGUUUGGCAAAAGUCUACAAUGCCUCUACUACCAGUUUGGCAGACACUCUUUCCUCAGUCAAUAGUUCUAUGUACAAUUUACAAAAUAAUUCUGUAUCAACAAUCAUCCCUGCCCGAGACGAUGAGAAGAAGAAGCACACUGGUCUGCGACAGAAGCUAAAGCUGAAAGACAAAGACGAUUUUAACCUCAAUCUCUCCUCCGCGAACUCUAAUUCUCAGCCUGUUGAUAUCAACAAUCCGAAGUCACUGUACAAUUUCGCUCCCUCUUCCCCUAACCACAGCAGCUUCGCAAAGUCAGUGUCUGGCCUCGACCUUCGUGCAAGAGCACACCGAAAGGAGAAGAAAGAGGAGAGAUCACAGUUGGAGCAGGUCUACAGCCGCGAAAGUGAAGGCUCAGAAUGGCCCUCGAACUCGAGUUUGACGGGUUCGCUUACCAACUCAACUGACGCCUUCACACCAUAUUCGAAAGAGCUAAGAGAGACUCUGGGCGUGUUUGGUUUGAACAACAUGACUCCUGACGAUGCUUGGGAGUUCCUCAAAGCACGUCUACUGGUCGUCUUCGAGGGUGAGCAUGUCAACAUAGCAGUUGAAGACCUCAAUCGUCUUGUAACAAUACACGUCCAGAGAUGUGUACUUAAGCGAGAUCCGAGUAUUAUCAUAGGCGAUCUUGAGAAUCUCUUGCAUACAGGCUUUUCCAGUCUCAAUCACACACUGCGUGGUGUACGUGAGGAGACUCUGGUCCCAUACCUAGUCGAUAUGUGGAUGCAAGUGUUUGGGACGAUCUUGCCCUUUCUGCAAGCUGUCUUUCUGCCCCUUGACCAGGAGUUCAAAGGGCGCGGGUCGGUACUUAAAACACCACAAGCAGCAGCAGAGUUUUGGGGUGCACUACCGAGCCCAGAAUCUAUCGGUCGCUUGUCAUCGAGUCCUUCAAGUGUUCCUGACAAUGAGGCAACAGAUAUCGUCGCUGGUGAGGAACUGGAAAUUCGCCGCAUCCUAUUGACCUCUUUCAGAGACCAUGUCAUUCUUCCACGGUUCGAUGUCCUCAAAGCAACAUUUUCGCGACUCAGUCUCGAAAGUAUCAACGCCACUUUGGCGCAUUUCGAGUCGUCUGGCAGGUCUCGUGGUGAUAGUACAGGCAGGGACAGCUAUGAUCGACCAGCUGCAUCCUCAAGCUCAGAUCCGCGCAUUUCAUCUAGUUAUUCGUCACAGACCUCGACCCUUCUUGGUGGAGCCACACCAGGCUCAAGGUCGCGCGCGACGUCGAAUCUAUCAGCUGGCUCAGCACAAGACGUGGCCUUUCAGUCUUUCAGCUCACCUCCAGCUGCACAGGCAAACUCAACAUCCUCAGCACAAAUCACUGAGACAGUGGCGCGAAUGUUGCAGUGCCUUUCCGUUCUCUCUAGUGUCCAGUCUAACGAUGAAGCCCAGACCAAGCUAGAAGAGCUGACAAAAGAGCUCAAGCUCAACUGGCUGGGUAGAGGUCGAACUGGUAGAAAUCGCAAAGGCUUUGUCGGGUCAAGAGUCAGGCCUAUCAGAAGUAUUGCGAGCACCAUCAGAGGAAUAGAGAGAGUGAACAGUGACUUGCGAAGUAGGGAAGGCAGUCCUACUCCUACACCAACUCGGCAGGGUACAGCAUCAACCCUCCUCUACCACAACCACAUCUCUUCAAAGCUUACACUAGGAAGUAAGCCUUUAGAGAUUCUCAUCACAACCACACCUCAAAACACAAUGUCCACACCUGCCGAACCAACACUAAAAGCAACAUAUACCAACACCACCAAACCCGUUUCAGACACAACACACACCCACACAUUCACUCACACCAUCUCCUCCUCACAACCAGCAGACUCCGCCGUAGAAUCCAAAACAGCAUUUCUAUCGAAUCUGCGGUCGUCGACGAAGACAUUGCAGAAUGAAGUGAAUGCGUUUUUGACGGAGAGGAUGGAGGAGGAUAAAGCUGCUGCUGCUGCUAUUGUUGUUGAGGGUAAUGGUAAUGCCAAGAACGAGAAGAAGAACAAGAAGAAGGGAGUAGUGGUGAAGGAUGACGACGAGGAGGAAGAAGAGAAUUACGGCGAGGAGAGGAUUGACGAGGAUUGA